UGCCCGUCCAAUGUCACGACUAUUGGAGAGUCUGCUUUUGAUAGAAGUGAAAAACUAAAAGAAAUUGAUUUCACCGAGGCGACUGCGUUGGAAACGAUUGGAGUUGGUUCCUUUUUCAAGUGCGCUAAUCUUCUUGCUUUCAAGUGCCCAUCCAAUGUCAACACUAUUGGCGCAUGGGCCUUUGGGGAAUGUGAAAAUCUGAAGGAAAUUGAUAUCACGGAAGCAGCUGCGUUGGAAACGAUUGGAAAUAAUGCCUUUUCCAUGUGCCCAAGUCUCUAUUUCGAAUUUGUGUACGAAAGGGAAGAUCAAGAAAUCACAGAAAUCAUCAAACAAAUUAUGACGAAGUUGAUUGUGCGCGGGUCUCAUGUAGAGACUAUUAAAGAGGAGGCCUUUGCGGAAUGUGAAAAUCUAAAGGAAAUUGAUUUCACCAAUGCAACUGCGUUGAAAACGAUUGGAAGUGUAGCCUUUUACAAGUGCCCUAGUCUCCUUGCUUUCAAGUGCCCCUCCAAUGUCAAUAUUGUUGGAACUGCUGCCUUCAGGGGUUGUGAAAAUCUAAUGGAAGUUGAUUUCGCCGAGGCAACUGCAUUGGAAACGAUUGGACUGAAUGCCUUUCACAGUUGUUCAAGCCUCCUUUCUUUCAAGUGCCCUGCCAAUGUCACGACUAUUGGAAACGGAGCCUUUGGGUGGUGUGACAAUCUAAACAACAUUGAUUUCACCGAGGCAACUGCGCUGGAAACGAUUGGGAAGAACUCUUUUGAAGUAUGUCGUAGUAUCCUUGCUUUCAAGUGUCCAUCCAAUGUCAACAAUAUUGGAAAGGAGGCCUUUUACGGUUGUGACAAACUAAAGGAAGUUGAUUUCACCGAGGCAAUUGCGUUGGAAACGAUAGAAGAGUUGGCCUUUUCCAGUUGUUCAAGCCUCCUUGCUUUCAAGUGCCCAUGCAAUGUCAAGAUUAUUGGAAGCAGUGCCUUCAAAAGUUGUAGAAAUCUAGAGGAAAUUGAUUUAGCCGAGGCAACUGUGUUGGAAACGAUUGGAAGGGAAGCCUUUCGAGAAUGUACUGGGCUCCUUGUUUUCAACCGCCCAGGCAAUGUCAAGACUAUUGGAAUUUUUGCCUUUGCGAGUUGUGCAAAUCUUAAGGAAGUUGAUUUCACCGAGGCAAUUGCGUUGGAAACGAUCGGAGAUCAAGCCUUUGCCUAUUGCCCAAGUCUUGAAAAGGUUUACCUCGCUCCCAACGUGACGGUUAUCGGGAAGGGUGUCCUCGAAGAAUGUCCCAAUCUCAAUUUUUUGAAGAUUCCCGGUUUUAGUCCAGCGAUUCACAUUCGAUUGUACACGCAACUUGAUGAAGAUCAAAGAAGUAAUGUGUGUAUUACUUUGGAUGAUAUACUAUCUGUCUAUGUUUUGAAUCCAAUAAAGAAAUCGGAGUUGGUGGAAAACUCGGGGAAAGAAGUAUCGAUUCUUGGCCAAGUCAGAGCAAGAUAUAUUGACUCCAUGAUGAAGAGAGCGAUGCCAAUUUGGUCCAAUCACUAA